AUGAAUAAACAACCAAAUAAUUCAUUGUCCUAUCCAGCGGAAUUAAAAUCUUAUAAAACCGAUGAUUAUGCUUUCUAUAAUGAAUUGGAUAUUGAACCAACGAAAGUUGAAGUUAAUAAUAAACAACUUAAAUCCUCAUAUAAAGCAUACAAAAAUGGAAAAAAGAAAAAAAUUAUUCUUAUGUGCCUUGUUAUCACCGCCUUGUUGAUAUUAAUUCUAUCUAUACUCAUAUUCUAUGUCAUUAUCCCAAUGGUUAUAAAAAAAACUAUUGGACAAGCAAACGUUUCAUUUAAGUCGAUUUUAAUCGACAAUGUUAAGUCAAAUUACUUUCAUAUUAAUUCAACAUUAGAAUUAACAAAUACUGGUAGUAUAUCAACUAGAAUCGAACCAAUGGUUUUGACUAUUCAAGCUAUGGAUAAGGAUACGAGUAAAUUCACUACCAUUGGUCUAAUUAAAAGUGAUAUACCAAUCAAAACAUCAGGUAAAUCAUCAAUAUCCAUUAUUGAUACUCAAUUUAGUGUAACAAAUAUAAAGGCGUUUAAUUCGUUUGUAAGAGAUUUAAUAUUUGAACAGAAAGUUCAAUGGUACUUAACAGCAAAAGCUAAUAUUCAACCGAUCAGUUCAAGUAUGCCACAUUAUCCUGAUAUUCCAUUUGAAAAACAAGUUACUAUUCAAGCAUUAAACGGUUUAAAAGAUGUACAAUUAAAAACGUUUAGUCUGGAAAAUUCAACUGAAAAACAAAUUAAUUUAGAUUUAUUAAUACAAAUUGAUAAUCCUUCAAUAUUUACCAUGGAUCUAGGAUAUUUGACAUUUAGUUUAGAAUUCAUGUCUAGAAAAUUGGGUGUUGUUCAAUCAAUAGAACAUGUCAUUCUGGUACCAAAAGAAAACUUGAUUCCACUCAAAGGACAGUUGAGACCGACAAAUAUGAAUGAUGCACACGAAUUGAUUCAAAACUUUCUUACGAAUAAACCAACAGAAGUGAAUGCUAUUGCUGGUCCUCAAGCGACCUCUUUGCCAUUAUUAGCCACAGGAAUGAACGGUCUCUCUCUUGUUACUGUGAUGCCACCAUUUCAAAAAGAUUUAAUCGAAUCAUUAGAAUUUACAAAUUUAACUCUUGUGCCGUCUACUACAGAUACAAAUGUAACUCUUUCAGCAACAAUGCGUAUUCGAAUCAACUCACCACUUGGUAAAAACUCACCAUUAAAUCUUGAAAAAUUAAGCAUGAAAGCAUCGUUAAACUAUGAACAAAAAGAAAUCGGCACUUUGGACAUUGUUGACAUAACAGUGUAUACCGUACCUUCGUUAACAUCAACAUACGAGACGAAAUUUGAGAAUAUUCAACUAAUUCUUACAGAUACAAGUACUUAUCAAUUAUUCGCCAAUAGGUUUAUUGCUUCAAAUGAAGUAAAUCCCAUUCGAUUCGGAAUUUCUGGGACAAGUAAUGUUUCUGGUUCAUUUGCUUUGGGACCUUUAUCAGUCUCCAAUGUAAAAGUGGAUAAUGAAGUUGUUUUAACUGGUUUAAACGGAUUGAGUGAUAUUCAAGUUGAAUCAAUAUUAAUCGAAGGCGAUCAACCGUCACAAGGAAGUGGAGUUGCAUUAACAAUUAAGACAAUAAUUGAAAAUGCUGGUGUUACCACAGUUUCAUUAAAAGAUCUAACGCUAAAUAUGAUAAAUAUGAAUAGCGUUACUCUAGGCAAAAUAAACGUUGAUGUACUUUCUCUAAAACCAGGUACGAACAGUUUAACAAUGAAUGGAUUUAUUUCACCUGCACUAAACGAUUUGAAUGAAACUGGAAUAUUUUUUUCAAAUUAUUUAAAUAAUCAACAACAGAUGUCUAUUCUCACCGUCAUUUCUAAUAAUCAUACAAUGACAACAGCAUCAGAUCUUACUGUCAAUGAUUUGAAAAUGAGCGCUCACAUCCCUGGUAUUCAAGGACAACUAAUAAAAUCAAUUAAUAUUGAAGCAUUUGGUUUAGAAUUUGAUGAAAAGUUAAACAAUGUUUAUGCAAGUGGUCGUAUUGUGGCUCUAUUUCAACUUCCAUCAAAUAUUAAAAUGUCAUUGAAUGUUAUAUUGACAAAUAUAAAUUUUACAAUUUAUAUCAAAAAAUUAACCGAUGAAUUUGUGAGUGUUGCAUUAAUGACAUUAGACAGUCAACUUGUUAAUCAUUUAAAAUCAAAUGAUUCAGAUGAACUGCAGAUGGAAUUUAAAUCUAAUCCAUUAAUUAUUUUAGAUCAUAAUGCAUUUCAAAAUUUUUCAGCUAGUUUAUUGUUGACACCCAAUCUUAACAUGACAAUUAACGGUAUGGCUCAACCAACAGCGACUACCAACAUGGGAAAUUUAACAUUGAUUAAUAUUCCAGUAAUGGAUAACCUGAGUCUAGUUGGUUAUAAUCAAUUUCAAUCAUCUGAUGGUGUAUCGUCAUUGCUUAAAAUAAACGAAUUAGAUAUUCUUGAAUCAAAUUCAAAUUCAUUAAUUCUACAAGUUCAAACAACAAUUUCAAAUCCGUCUAAUAUUUAUUUGAUAAAUGCCGGUAAUUUAACAUUAGAUAUGUAUAGUACUGCACCAGAACGUGUACGAUUAGGAUCAAUUUUAAUUGAAAAUUUUCAUCUUGAAUCAUAUCCAUUAGAAACAAAUAUAACAGCUAAUGGUAAAUUUCAAUUAACGCAAACAAAUCAUUUAAUUGCAAAAGAAUUUAUAUCACAAAUGGUUUCGGGUUACACAAAUGUUGUACAACUAGAAGGAAAAAUUUUUAAUGAAACAAGUGGAAAUGUUAGUGUUGGCACAAGUAUACCCUCUCUUCAAUAUGCUAUAGAAAAAUUGACUAUAACUACGCAAAUACCGGGACUGCAGGGUGAUUCGUCAUUAAUUAAAAAAGUAAUGUUAAGUGGUGUAACUUUGGCUACAGGUACAGGAAUAUUACUUGGUCUUAUCAAAGUACUAAAUGCUACAAUACAAUUGUACAAUCCAUUUAAUACUAACAUGACAAUUCAUGGAAUGAUAGUAAAAGCAUACAGCGGUGUAGUCCUUAACCAAACUUAUCUAAUAGGCACUGUUAAUCAAUCAGCAUUACGAAUACCUAUUUUUGUUCCAGCAAAGGAACAAAUCAUAUCGCCACCAGUAGGUGUUACCAUCAAUUUGAAUAUUCCUGUCUUAACUCAAUUUCUAAAUUUGGGAAAUAAAACUGUUGUCUUGUCUUUGUCAGGAACGAUUAAUGUAACAAUUGGAGACAGUUCGAGCGGUUUAAUGAUGAACGAUGAUAAUAUUCAUAUAUUAUGCUUCAUAGAAUAA